AUGCGUAGUGGGUUGACCUGCGUACUCGGCUUGGCUAGUGUAGCCUUGACCAAUGCAUUGAUUCUGGAGAAGAGAGACAAUCCGGCGGUUCUUACGGUGCCACUGAUACGCGACACGUCGCGUCAGCUUUCCAAGCGAUCGAAGACUGUCGACGUCAAUUUUGAUAACGAGGACAUAGAUUACGCCAUAUCCUAUGUCGCAAAUGUGACUUUCGGGACCCCGCCCCAGCAUUUACUAGCUUACAUUGACACCUGGGGUAAUGGUUGUUGGGUUAAGGGCGUGAAUAACACUGGUUGCAAGUUAUACACGGACUCAUCCUAUUGUGGCGGGUAUGGAAGCUACAACAUGACUGCCUCAACCACUGUCAAAAAGCUCGACGGGAACUUCACAUAUGAUGAUUCCGGUUCAAUGGUGGUUGGAGACUUCGUGACCGACGUUCUGAAGAUUGGUGGUGUCACAGUGGACGCUAUGAAGAUGGGGCUGGCCGGGGAUUCUAAAUUCGUUACCAAUACUUUGGGUCUUGGAUACGGAAAUUCAUCUUCCAUCUCCCUGACUCAAGCGUUAGCCGACGCCGGUACCAUUAACUCCCCCGCUUUCAGUCUUUGGGGCCAGACAGCUCUGUUCGGCGGCGUUAACAAGGCCAGGUUAUGGGGUGAUCUCCACACUUUCCCCAUCGUCAAUAGAUCAAACCUUACCAAAGCUCUCCGUAUCAAUAUGGAUGGUAUCUCAAUCAACAAAACAUCCGCAGCAUCGAAGAAGUUCCCGCUGGACGCAGUCUUCAACACUGCACAUAGUAAGACCUACGUGCCCAAAUCUGUGGCUCAGGCCCUGAAUGCCCAAAUCGGCAAUACCUCCGUUCCGGAUGAUCUGGGACAAGUCAACUUCUCUUGCAGUGCAAUGGGCAAGAACUCGACCAUACAGUUCAAAUUCGGGAAAUUAGUAUUGGAUUUCUACCUCAGAGAGUUCGUUACCCAAGAGAGUGGCAGCGGGGAGAGUUAUGGGUGGUACCCUGAUAGGGAGACGUGCUAUUUCACGAUCCUCGAGAAUAUCAACUUCCAAGACCAGGGAAAUAUCGUUUUGGGAGCCAACUUCAUGAGCAGGGUUUAUGCAGUCUUUGAUCUUGAGAACGACAAGAUCUCAUUAGCGAACCUUAACUACUGGGAUCGUUCUCCGGACGAUAUUGUCGAGAUUAAAUCGGGCAAGAACGCUGUCCCUGGGGCGAAAAAGGACACUGGGGCGGCCAAGCAGGACUCUGAGGCGAAGGAGGACUCGGCUAGUACACACAUCGGAAAAGGUCGAGGGAUGAGCGCUUUGGUGGUCGGUGCUGUUGUGUUGACCCUGAUUUUCUAA